GAACAAGACCCUGAUAAUCUUGGAACGACUACAGAAUCUCGGUCUGAAUGUAGGCGUCGCGAUCGACCAUCCACCGCUUCAUGGGCCGCCGCUGCGACCCACACAACCAGAGGUCUGUUCGACGGCAACGCUGACUUCAUGGUACACGGUUCGACUUUCAGGGAUUCGUCGCCAAUUGGAUCAUGGAGCCUUCCAUCAGAGGUCGUUCCUGCUUUCGACACCAACAUGGAUCAUGGGUCACAUGAUCGCUUUCAGUCACCACGCUUCCGUUCAGACAGCCUGAUGUUCAAGAGCAAUUUGGCGGAGACCUCUUUGCCGAGCAACAGCAAGAAUAAUAGUACCACCACCACGAACAACAACGAAAUUUCCCGGUGCGAUACAACUGACGAUUUCUUUGUGGAUAUCAUGAACUUUACAAGCUUUCUACCUGGACCAGAACUGCUAUCUUCUGGUCCACAAUCAUCGGACAGUAUGACAGACGAUGCUCUUCCUAACGCCCACUUUUCUGAUCUCGACAUCGGCGAUCAUCUUUUGGGAGAGCUGACAAGCGGCUCAAUGAGUAACAGAGGUACCCUCGACCCUGUAACCAGACUAGUCUCUAUCCCCCCUACCCCACCUCCGAACCCAGACUCAAUGGCUGUCCUCUCGGCCGAUACAACGACCAAGCAUACCGUUAUCCCACCUUUUUCUUGGGUGAGGAAAUGGACCGUGGAGCAACCCGACCAUCGCGCCUGGAAGACCGCCGCUGAGGUAGAAGCUACUUCGACUCCUUGCAAAGCUGUAGUAGACGAGCUUGUUCGGUUGUAUUUCCAAUUUUUCCACCCUUCUCUUCCCAUACUCAGUGAGCUCAAUUUCUUUCGCACGGUCAACUCUACAAAUAACAAUGGUGAAAAACCACGUCCGACCACCAGCCUCGCAAUGUUGAAUGCCAUAAUGUGGGCGGCUAGUGGAUUUGUCACGACUGAAGAUGCAAUCAGGGCCGGUUUCUCGUCUAUACGCGCAAUGCGUAAGGCCUUUUUCAAUCGGACGAAGGUUAGUCCUGCCAAGCCUGGUGUUCUUCUCCUUGUUUUGUCUCGCCUGUUAACGCUCUUUGGAUACAUGCAGAUUCUCUAUGAACUAGGAUGCGAGUCUGACAGUUUAGCACGUAUCCAAAUCUGCCUACUGUUGACAUUCCAGCGCACAUAUCCAGAUGCCAUGUUUGAGAACGAGUUCUGGGCGUCGCAGGCGCUGCACCUUCUACAGAGAGCCAACGUGGACUCUAUCCUCAAGGACACGACUCUCAACUGUACUGUUGUAAGCCUUUGGAAACGAGCUAAAUGUUGCGCGGCGUCACGGAUUAUAGCUUUAUCAAUGGCUACGCUGAGGACAAGUAACAUGAAGCCAUUUUCCUUCGACCCCUUCUCCAUUGGGAUGGUGGACUUUUCGGAGGACAUUGACUUUCCCUGGUACCUUCAGGUCGACACGAAACAUCGUCUAAUCGAGCUUUUCCUGGCGCGAUUAUCUUUACUCCAAUACACGAUGCCACUUAUCAAUUUUCUCCUAAGAUUGAACUCCGCUACCGAUGAGGAAAAGUCAGAUUCGGCUGGGAUAUCCAUUCUUGCCGAAACCGAACUGGCUGAAAUGCGAUUCGCUGAGUGGAAAACCAAGAACUCUUCCAUUAUAGACUCUUACAGCAAGGAAAAAGGUCUAGAGGUUGACUAUCAAGCACUGGCAUUGCAACACGGGUGGUUGAAUUUGACAUACCAGUAUUAUGUCUCCACAUUACACCAAGCUACCUUAGGCAAUACCAGAACGUCGUUUGCUUCAAAAUGGGCAGAUAAGAUGAGGGAGUCAUCUCGACAAGCACUCUGGGAGUCUUGUUCCUCCACGAUUGCUACCCUGAAGCACCUAUUGGACAUCAACGUCGUUCGGUAUCUGCCUCCACUUGCCGUCAUAUGCUCAUGGUUACCACUGGUACUCAACUACAUCUACCUGAAAGGGACAAGGCGAUGCCAUCUUGAGAUAGCAUACAAUUUAUCUAUUGCUGCUCAGACUCUCCAAACCCUGGGCGAGCGAUAUGACAUUACCGAUUUCUAUAUGGAACUGGGUGAUGCUACUGUGGCAAUGAUACACGAACUGACUCUAGGUGGAGGUGAGCUUUUUAACUCGCUCAAGUGCACUAGCAGAAGAAGCUUCGCCAUCGAUGUCCCUGGACUCGCUGACAGGACCGAUCCAGGACUUGGUAUUCAUGCUGCCGUGGCACGUUUUAUCAACAUGUCACUGGCUAAGGGCAGGGUGAUCCGUCCUCCAGAGAUGUCUACCAUGCCCUGAAGGAUGCAUUCUAAAAGGUUGGAAAUUUCCUCCUUUCUCGACUGGAUAAGAUGUCAGUUGCAUCAAAAACUUCAUAGCACUCCAGAUGUUGCAAAGAUGAUGUCGAGGGCGGAUGGGCAAACUGGGAAAUGGAGAUCCCG